GUACUAUGGCUCCCGCAACGGAAGCCGACAACAACUUCGACACCCAUGAAUGGAAAUCGGAAUUCGCAUCCACACGCUCUGGACGCAAUUCUCCAAACAUUUUUGCAAAAGUUCGCCGGAAGCUUCUCCUGACUCCACCAGUUCGAAACGCCAGAUCGCCACGUCUUACCGAAGAAGAGCUGGAUGCUUUGACAGGCGACUUACCAUACGCAACCAACUACACAUACGCAUACAGCAAAAUCUACGAUCCAUCCUUGCCGGACCACUGGGAAGUGCCAAACCUUGGUGGUACUACUUCAGGAUCACUCUCUGAGCAGGAGCACUGGUCAGCGGCCAGUCUCAGCAGACAGCUUCUCUAUAUCCUCCGUUUCCCCGUCUACCUUGUUCUUCACGUCAUCACCUACAUUUUGGAAGCUUUCUACCACGUCAUCAAGAUCACUAGCUUCACCAUCUGGGACUACCUGUUGUAUUUGGUGAAACUCGCGAAAACUCGUUACUACGCCUACCAAGAUCAUCGUCGCCGUACAGCUCUCAUUCGCAACCGGCAAGAGCCAUUCUCCACUAAGGCUGCUCGUUCUAUUCGUCGAUUCUUUGAGAUCCUUGUCUACGUCGUGCUUACUCCUUACAGAAUGCUCACAAGAAGUAACAAUGGCGUGGAACAGUACCAGUACCGUUCGAUCAAGGAUCAAUUGGAAAAUGAGAGAGCUAGCAGAAUGACGACAAGAUCUCAAACAUUGGAAAGAAGCCGCAAGUUUGAUGGAUUAUCGAAAUCACCAGCACGCCGAGCAGCUCCAGCCUUUGUGAAGACUAGUACAAUUACCAGAAUCACUGCCAAGGUGUUCUCGAGCUCUCCAUUCGGAGAAGGAACGUCCGAAAAUAUAACCCCGACUGUUGUGACUACUAGAACAGUGAAGCAACGCUCAGUUACCCCAAGAUUCCGCCAAACCCGUGCCACUCGUGAAGCUAUAACUCGAGCACUCGAUACUCCGGAACUCGAAAUCGACACACCACUCUCCACAUAUGGACUUCGAAGCCGAGGACUGAGUCAUCUGAAUACUCCUGAACCAACUUUUGACAUUGGUCAUGCUGCUGCAACUUCCACGCCUUUGUUCCCACAAGAAACUUACAAUUAUCAAUACGAAGAAGCGACAGGAAAUAAGAUUAAAACUGCAUUCACUUGGCUAGGUUACUUGAUAUUGUUCCCGUUCUUUGCGGCACGACAUGUAUGGUAUACGUUCUACGAUUAUGGAAAGAGUGCCUACAUGAAGCUGACCAAUUAUCAGCAAGCGCCAAUGGAGACUAUUCAUGUCAGAGAUAUCAACGAACCGGCACCAAGUUCAUCAGAUGUUCAUGAUGCUGUUGGUGUUUCUUGGAGAAUUCGAAUUGCCGAUUUCUUGAGCUCAUUCGUAGCAACAAUCGUUGAAGCGCAUCAAGUGGUAUUUGCAAUGUUCAAAGGAGGAAUUGUUGAGACAGUUUCCUAUUUUGGAGGACUAUUUGCUGGUCUUACCGAUAAGAAAUCAUCAAAGUUCUCGUGGUGUCAAAUUCUCGGUCUACUUCUGGCUCUUCUCUUCGCCAUCUUUCUCCUUGGAUUCCUGACAUCUGACAACACAGCAAUAAGAGUUAAAGAAAUUACCAAAGAUAAGAAUGCAUCUAAGAAGUCGGAAGGAUCCCUCCCAGCUGUGCCAAUCUGGAUUUCAGCUGCAAAUCACGUUAAACAUUACACAUGGAUGGUGAAGGAAUUUGUUGUAGAUAUUGCAUUUGACACGUACAACUAUGGAAAGUCGACGAUUGGUAGACUUGGCACUACUCCACGUUAUGCUUGGGACCUGAUUGCAAGCGGAUGUGGCGCUGUUGGAAAUGGCUUAAAAUCUGUGCUCUCAUCGAGUUUUCGAUUCAUCGAUUUUUGUGCUGGAAAGCUAUUUUACUAUGGCUCAGAUGGGUUCUUGUCAGCAAACAAGUCUAUCGGAACCUUUUUCAACGGUUGCUACGAGACCUUGUACAACGGAUGCACAGCAAUUGUUGGCCAUACAAAGAGCUUCAUCUACAAUGCUUCAAAUGCUGUUUACAACUUUUUCUCAACUAUCUUUGCCGGUCUCUUAAACUUUUCUACUUCUUCCCAAAACUCCAUUCUUUCUCUUCUCAAGUCAUUUGGCACCGGAAUCACUAACAUUUUUUAUAACUUCAUUUAUGCACCAAUCGCUGGAGUGUUCAACUUUGCUGGUGAUAACUACAUGUAUUUCUUCAAUGAGGUAGCGGCAGUCUUUGGAAAAGUGUACAACUCCGUGGUUUCCGUGCUCAAAACUGUAAUUAACUGGAUUCUCUUCCUCAUUGCCUACCCAUUCAGUUUGUGCACUCGUGCUUGGAUUCGCAUCAGCCAAUAUGCUCCAGAAGAUGUUGUUCAAGUGAUUCCAAUUCCACAAGCUAUUACCCCAACUCCGGAUGUGGAGCGUAUUGUUGAAGAGCCACUGAGAAAAGUCACCGAUGUGGAGGACGAAGAACUAGUGAUAAUUCCCGCCCCCGCACCUAAACCUAUCCCAGUCCCAGCGCCAACUCCGGCCCCAGUAAUUAUCCAUCAGACUAACGUUGUUGAGACUGUUGACAAAGAUGCUAUCAUUAAGGAGGUAACGGAGAAGCUUCGCGCCGAGUUGUCCGCCCAAUUCCAGCAAGAGCUUAGCGCAAAGUUUGAGCAAAACUACAACACAAUUAUUGAGCAACUGAAAAUGGAAAACACCAACAUUCAAUAUGAUAAGAAUCAUUUGGAAGCUAUCAUCCGUCAAAUGAUCUACGAGUAUGACACGGAUAAAACUGGGAAAGUUGACUAUGCCCUGGAGAGCUCAGGUGGAGCUGUUGUGUCAACAAGAUGCUCGGAGACGUACAAAAGCUACACAAGGCUGGAAAAGUUUUGGGAUAUCCCAAUCUACUAUUUCCAUUACUCUCCAAGAGUUGUCAUUCAGAGAAAUUCCAAAUCCCUGUUUCCUGGGGAAUGCUGGUGCUUCAAAGAAUCCCGUGGCUACAUUGCUGUCGAGCUGUCUCAUUUCAUUGAUGUUUCUAGCAUCAGCUAUGAGCACAUUGGAUCAGAAGUUGCUCCAGAAGGGAACCGGUCGAGUGCUCCAAAGGGAGUCCUCGUUUGGGCUUACAAGCAGAUUGACGACCUGAACUCGAGAGUUUUGAUUGGCGACUACACUUAUGAUCUUGAUGGCCCGCCACUUCAAUUCUUCCUUGCCAAGCACAAACCCGAUUUUCCUGUCAAGUUUGUGGAGCUCGAGGUGACAAGCAAUUACGGAGCUCCGUUCACAUGUCUCUACCGCCUUCGUGUUCAUGGAAAAGUUGUUCAAGUUUAAUUUAUUUUGUUAAUCUUGUUUUUAUGGUCAAAUUUUCAAUUUCCAUUGAUCUGAUUCCGAAAUGUUUCAAUUUCACCCCUCUCCUGCCAAUUUUUCAAAUCACAAUUCAUUUUCCCAAAUUUUUCCAGUUCCCUUGUUAUAUUUUUAGCGCGUGUCCAUUUUUUUUCAAAGUAUAGAAUAUCAUUACAUUUUCAUGCAGUUUACCGGUCUCCUGAAUACUUGGCCUGAAUAUAUUUGAAUGCAAAACCAAUCACUCUCUAUUUCUCUGCAGCCUUUACCCCCUGAUCUCAAAAUACUUUAUCGAUUUUCAUAAAUUAUUUCAAUA